UUUGUUUUGACUGAAAUGUACUAUGACGGUUUCCAUCGUUCAUUUUGCGACGAUGACGAUGAUCUCGACAUCAUUCAAGAGAGUGAUUCCAUAUUUGCCUUUGAGACACCAGAGACCUUCAAACUGGAAAACAUACGCACAAAAAGAGGAAGUCUUCUGGCAAACCUGAAUCAUAACAACUUGAAGUACGGGCCAGAGAUCAGCAGGACUCCGUCUUUCAUGCAGGGGGCCAUGACUCCUUUAUCUGCAUCCCCCAAUAAAAACCUGGGACCAGAGAAAAUGAUCCUUCUGGUGUGUAACAGGGCUUGUUCCGGCCACCAAGGAAAGAGGUUCGGGCUACCUUUUGUACUGUACAUGGAACGCACUGUGACCUGGGAUGCUCUACAGAAAGAGAUCCUGGAGAAAAUGCGUCAUCUUUUGAGGCCAGGUGUCUACAUUCAGGUUGGACCUUUCAGUCUUCGGGUGGUCGGCGUUGUUGGUAUCACCUACCUCCUUCCUCAAGACGAGCGACCACUGUGUCACCCAACUGUGGAAAGAGCCUACAAGUCCUGUGGACAAGGAGGGCCGCCGCAUGUGAAGAUUGUGGUGGAGUGGGACAAAGAGACCAAGGACUAUCUGUUUGGACACACUGAGGAGGAGUACAUUCCUGAUGCUGAGAGUGUGUAUCUGCACAGGGAGCAGCAUCAUCAGCCGCAGGCCUGCACCCUCGCUCAAUGCUUCCAGCUCUACACUAAGGAGGAGCAGCUGGCCCCAGAUGACGCCUGGCGCUGUCCCCACUGCAAGCAGCUGCAGCAGGGCCGCAUUAAGCUCAGCCUGUGGACGCUUCCUGAUGUGCUUAUUCUGCAUCUCAAGAGGUUCAGACAGGAAGGGGACCGGAGGGUGAAGAUGCAGAACAUGGUGAGGUUCCCACUGAUGGGCAUGGACAUGGCACCUCAUGUGGUGAAGAGAAGCCAGAGCAGCUGGAGUUUGCCUUCCCACUGGUCGCCAUGGAGACGCCCAUAUGGCCUGGGAAGAAACCCCGACGACUACCUGUAUGACCUGUAUGCUGUGUGCAACCACCAUGGGAACAUGCACGGAGGCCACUACACGGCGUACUGUAAGAACUCCAUUGAUGGUCAGUGGUACUGCUUUGAUGACAGCGAGGUUUCAUCAGUACCUGAUGAUGACGUGUGUCAGCAGACGGCCUACAUACUGUUCUACCAGCGGAGGACAGUUAUCCCCUCCUGGUCUGCUAACAGCUCUGUUGCUGGUUCCACCAGUUCAUCCCUGUGUGACCACUGGAUCAACCGGUUACCUGGCAGUAGGCCUGCUAGCUUGGCCUCCGGAGCCUCAUCCAGACGCACCUCUCUGGCAUCGCUGGCUGAGUCAGUAGAGUUUCCAGGAGAACGCAGUGAAGAUGAUGGAGGAUUCUCUGUUCGCCCUUUUGUGAGGAGCAUUCAACGCCAGAGCUUGUCUUCCAGGUCAUCCAUCGCUAGUCCCUUAGCCUUCAGCGACAGUGGGAUAAAGCCUUCCUGGUCUCUCUCUGCAAAGCUGCACAUGAGAUCCAACUCCCCCUCACGUUUCUCCCUCGACUCUCGAUGUUCUCCUCCUCUGGAGAGGAUAGGCGAGGCCUGCGAUGACAAAGUUUCCACGUCCUGUUUCGGCAGCUACAGUAGACACGAACGCUACUUCGGCAGCAGGACUCCCCUGUCCAUGAUGGAGAGUAACUUCAGCGACCAGGACAACAACAAAAGGUUCCUAGACAUGAUGUACUGCAGGGCUCCCACUCCAGUGGAUAAGAAGAGCACCAAAAAUGAGCCAACUGAAAACAACAACCAGAUCACAGCUAUAGACCAAAACAUUCUACCCGCCCAAGCUACUCCCUCCAAAGAGCAGAAGCGUAAGAGCAGUAUAGGAGGAUUUGGCUCAAAGGCAGAAAGCACAGGCUCCACAAAGAGUUCCAGCAAAGUGGAGCAAGAGAAGACUUCCAAAAAACGUUUGUGCGCAACCCACAAGACCUCCACUGCUGAGACGUCUUCCGGUACACCUGUGAAAGGCAAAAAGGGGAGCAAUACUAAAGAAAAGAGUGUAAAGAAAAGCACCUCUACACCCUGUGGAACUCCCUCCAAAACAAAGGAGGCAACUCGGCCUCUAGAUGCAACGCCACAACGGAAGCCAUUAGUGAGCUCCACCCCUCAGUCCUCAGCUUCUCCCUCGCCCACUGCAAAGAAGAAUUCCAGUGUCACUGAGAAAAACUCCACGAGUGGUCGAAAAAGGCUGGUAGAAAGGAGCUACAGCAGAGAUUCUAUGCACACGAGUCCCCUGGUCGACAGUCUCCGAGGCAACUUGGCAUCGCGCUCUUCGCUGUCUAAGAGUGGUGACAGCACCCGGCCUGAGAGGAGAUCAGUGAGGAGCUCCAGCAGCAGCUCUUCCGUCACUAGCCUGCGCUCCCCAAGCGUAUCCACCAGAGACCUGCAGCGCAGCAGCAAAUCUGAGGAAAAAGGGUUGUCUUUCUUCAAGAGCGCCCUCCGACAAAGGGAAAGCCGCCGGUCGGCUGAUUUAGGAAAAAGCACCUUGCUUGCCAAAAAGGCCUCAGAGAGGACAUGCAAGCAGAACGGACAAGCUAAGGACAUGGGUGGUGAUACUGGAAAAACAGGAGACGCUGUGUCUUCACAGACGUCCGUAGAGACUAAUGGAGGUGAGACAAAGUCAGAGACAAAGGAGUCUUCCAAGCCCCCCAGCUCUCUCAGUCGCACUCUGUUAAACGUCGGCAAGUCCAAGUCUUCCACUUCUGAAGUAAGUCUCAAGUCUCCCUCUAACGGGAAGAAGCCUCUCGAAAGGAUGGCGUCUUCCCGAAAGCUGUCAUCAAGCAUGCAAUCUCCUGCACGUACAACAAAGAGGCCUCAAUGAUAUAUCCAUAGUAGUUACAUUGAACUCGCAUAAUGCAGCUAUUUUCUUUGUGCCUAAGUUUCAGUGAGCGCCGGGUGUAUUUGUAAAGAGACACAUUUUUUGAUGUUACGGUUUUGUACACUGGAAUCAGAUACACACGCUGGCGUUGAAUUACAAAUAGUGGCAGACGGCUUCAGGAAAUUUUAGCUGUGCUGCAUAGAAAGUAAAGUACUGUACAUCAUCUGCAUAUUUUGGGUGCCAAACAGAUGCUUGGUAUGCCGCCAGUUUGAGUUUUUGGAGCCGUGUGUAUUGUUACCAAUUACACCUUUUGAGCAUUAGGUAAUGUUUUGAUGCGAGUGAGACAAUCGCUUGACACGUUCGAUGUUUCCCUGGCAUGGCGGGUACAUGAGCAUGCCAUAUGCAUUCAGCUGUACAGCACAACCUGUCUGAUUGUGUGUACUUGAGGCUUAUAUGACAGCUGACAGAAUUCCCUGUUGGAAUCUUCGAAAUCCAAUUAUCUCUCCUUCAGACAAGAGGCUUGUGAUGUCUUCGAAGCAUUGCAGACAUUAAGUUCAGUUUGCUUGCAAAACAUCCUGCUGGCUACACUGGAUUUAAAAUGCAGCAGCUUGUACAUUAAAAGAAAUUAAUGGGGUAAGGAGCACCCCCCCCCCCCCCCCCCCGUAUGCACCAACAAUGCAUAAUUUGUCUCGUGGAAUAACAUUCUUCAUCAUUAUUCAGAUGGAAUUAAGCUGGCUUAAACCUAACUGCUGUUUUCUAAGCAUUUAAAGCUCAACGUUAGUGAGAACAGAACCGUAACAUCAAAAAAUAAUCUCUGGACAAAUACCGAAACUGGGUUGACGCUCACACACACACACACACACACACACACACACACACACACACACACACACACACACACACACACACACACACACACACACGUACAAAAGAGUUUCAUUCCGAAAUAAUGGUGGCUAAGCGUUGGCAGUAGUUCUCAUUGAUUGUUUUAAGCCGAUCAAAUUGACCAUUGAUGGGUGAAACCUGCUUUGCAAACCCUUUCUUCACACCUCAUUCAUUGGUUAAUAGGGUUAGGCUGUGUAAAGCUAAGGAGGAAAAGACAUUUGUAGACUUUAUUUAGUGAUAAUUUCACUUUCGUGUCUUAAGAGUGUUAAAGAUUGAUAGCUGAAAACACACAUGAGAGACUUCCUGAGUAUGAACCUUAGAAGAAUAGAAAUACAGAGGUGACGACAAGAAGUGGACCAAAACAGAAACUAUUUGAGAAAGAAUUAGAAUCGGUACUCACGUUGAGACAAGUUUUCCAAUAUUUAAAAACCUUAUUUUUGUUUCUUACUAGUACUUUUUUGAUAGAAAUGUAUUUUAUCAAAUGCUCAAAAGCUUUUUUUUGUCACAGGGACAAUGUGUUUUGGAAUGAAACCCUUUAAAAUCAAAGUAUAUGAAUCCAUAUAUAUGUGUAUAUAUAUGUGUCCGUACAGAUAAUGACAAAUAUAGUAUAGUAUAUAACUUUUCCCUUCCAUGAGCAAGAUGAAAAUUAUCUUAAGCGCCUUUCAAUACUGUACAUGGAAACAAAUAAUUGCCUUUGGCAACAUAGUAGUCUACUACUGUAUGCAUCACUGAGUAGGAAUGUUGUAUUGUUCGCACUUUGUAUAGAUAAAGUAGUUUUCUUUUAUCCAGAGUAGUUAUACACACACACACACUAACUUAGCAAUGUAAUUAUCUCAUUUUUAAUAUGUUGUCAUGAUUUCAAGACAUAUCGUAGAGUCGUGUCAACAGGCCUUAGAGUUGUAAUGGUAAAAGGGUACAUUCAUCUCAAUGUUUCAGGGGUUGUUUUAAGGAAUCGCCCCUUUACUACACCUGGUGCUGUAACAGACCGAUGCUCCUCUGGCACUGAUAUUUCUUAAAACGAGCAUAUUUUCAAAUGCUGAUGUUCAGAACUGUGACCACACACUUCAGUGAGCCAGAAACCUGUUGGCAGCGAUUAUCAUAACCUGUGGUACCUCACUGGAGAAGACAACGCCAUUUCUUUCUUAACAUGGCUGAAACAGAAUAUUGGUAGUGAGCCAUUUAAUUAAUCAUAGAGCUCCAUUUCUAUUGUCUUUGAGCAGUUGUUUAGAUAUGUAGGCUUUUACUGCACGCUGGGUUUGUUUUGCAGUAAAGUGACAGAAGCAAAAGCAGAGGCAGGAAGUUGUCACUGCAGCUGUCAUGAUGCUCGCUGGCCUCGUUUUAAACAAUCAGCAUUAUCAUUUCAGAGUUACUCCACCUGCAACUGCAAUAUCCGAACAUUAGAUACCAGCAUAGUGUAUGUUUUUAAUGAAUGAAUGUGGUUUUGCCAUUAAAAUCCAACCAUUAGUUAGUUCUUACUUUAAACAUUCAUACAAUCUUUUACUUGUAGAUCUACAGUAUUCCUCUCAACUGUUUCCCUGUAGCAUUUACCAGGUUUACAUUGGUUCUCAGAUGGUUUCAGAGGAAAUACAACACAAUUUAAAAUUGUACGUGUGUUAUUUAAAUGGCCUGAACAUGGUUUGAGCAAAUCAGUUUGUGAGCUUUUUUGUGUUUUUUGGCAACACAGUUGUGUAACUUUACUGUGGUGACUUGCGAAAGUUGGAUAGCAAGUUGAAGGCUACUAAAUAAAACCAAAAUUAUCAUUUGAAACAAAUAAUGACAUUUCAACCCAAGUACAAUAAUACAAAUACAGAUUUGGUCAUAGAAACAACAGAGCACAUGUCAAGCUAAAAACACAGUAGACUUAAUAACAGGGAUGCACCGAUUGUGAAAUUCUGGGCCCAUACUUGUGUUAAAACUAAUAAUUUGGCCAAUAUUGAUGUUUAUUUUGUUUUCGUUGUUACUAAUUCCUCUUUUUUUUUUCAGGGAAACAAAGAAAUCUUCAUUGUAAAAUAAUAACCAAACAGUUUGAAGUCAUUUAGUUGUUCAUUAUACUGUCUACAAAUUCAAUCAUACAAAUUUAUGAAAUAACUUUGUUCUUUUAUCCACAAAAAGACAUCGUUUUUGAAAUAAUAACUUAUUCUGAAGCCUUUUUAAAGAUAUAUAAUAUAUUGUAAUUUCCUCUUUAAUAUCUAUUUUAUAUUGCUGUGGAAACAUCAACAAAUUUGUCCUUCAAACAACAAUAAAUUUUAUAAGAUUACAUUUGAACACAUCAUGAUAAUGUUAUAAUCUACUUUUAUCCAAUACUAUUUUUUCUAACUAGAGCUUGAACACAUCUUAACGUAACUUAAUACAACCUCCGUUAGCUGUUAGUGUCAGCAACCGGCCGCUAACAGCUAACGUAAAUUAGCACUCCUUCUGACUAUUUCAACACGGUUUCAAAUAAGGUGCAUCCCCUGAUUUUUAGUUUACUGCUUCUUUUCGGCGUCCUGGGAUCUUUGAUCAUCCCAGACACAUAUCCUAUUGUCUAUGGGACGACGGGACGCUGUUAAGCCUGUGCAAAAUUGAUGUGACACAGCAGAAAAGUAUCAGCCACCGCCAUCAGUGAAUGUCACCUUAUUUGCUGCAAGGCCGAUGACAGUCAACAAGGCUAAUAUCGGCUUAUACCAUAGUCUUCCCUACUAAAAAAUGUAUUUGUUUAUUCCUAUUGAUAGUUUAUUGAUAGUUUCCAAAAACCUUGUGGGACCCUUUUAAUGCCACACCAUUAGAAAAAGUAAAGAGGCUGCUGUGCUCAAACUGUCAGUGGCCAUAGAAAUAACACACUGCUGUUUAAAUGUUGUGGUUUUCCUGUAGCUGCUCUUUUCUAUUUAACAUUGUAAUCUAUCAGGAACCUGUGCAUGGCACUUUGGAUCAAAGCAGGACAAUUUUCUGUCAUUUUGGCUUUCACCGUCUUGUUUGCCUGUUUUAAAGUCUGUAAUUAAGUUGUAGUGGCUAGUGUGUCGGGCUGGAUCAUGCCGUCAUUCCUCCACUCGCUAAAGGGGACGUUUAUUGGAUUACGAAUCCAUUUGUGUAGCCAGAACCCAGUGCAUUAGGAUUUUUUUAACAUCUUAAUUAAGUUUUUAGAUGCGUUGUAAAUAAGCAUCAGUAGAUAAUGUCAGUCAUUCUGUAUAUUGCUUAUGAUGUUUGAAUAAUUUGAGAUCAUAUUGAACUAUCAGUGAGGCUGAUGACAGAAUUAUUUUUCUGUACAGAGGUUAAAUCUGAAAGCUGCAGCCUGUUUUUUCCAACCACUUUUCAUUCAUCCAUAACAAUUGUAUUUGUAGCACCACAUUGCCUACAUAAUUGUUUUUGGUUUUACAACAUGUUAUAUGAGACGGUUCCUUCACUGAUUCUGUGAAGUUCUGUUUUGCAGAGUUGUUAUAAACACCCUGAUGUAUGAUUUUAAUGUCUACAGUAUCACUUUGGUCCUGUGUUACGUCACAGGGACCUGCUGUCAAAACAUCUUAAUCAGUGGCUUCCACUCAUGAAAUAACCUUUUUAGUUUUAUUACACCUAUAGAUAGAGCAAUAAUCAUCUCAUUCAUCAAUUAGACUAAGAAAGCUGAGGUUUGAAUUACCAAAAAGUGCAACAUGGCUGACUUUUGAGAGCUCAAAAUGCCAGUGAAGACCAGACACGUACUGUACUCCGUAUGAAAAGUACAUACAGUAUAAUAAUCCAAAUACCUGUUGAAACAAGAUGUCAAGAAAAAAAAAAGAAUCAGCAUCUUUACAGAAUUAAUUUUCCUCUCUAGCUUUCGUCACUGCAGUUAUCGUCUGUUUUUUAAAAAAAUUAGUUGUCAAUGUACAGAUUUGAGAAUGAUUAAGGAAUGCAGUAUUGCAUGAAAACGCUAAUGCAUGUAUUUCAUUAACUAUGCAAGAGUCUCGGCCGUGUCACGUAGAAAGCAGAGCAUGGCUGGUAUAUCCCAUUGCUUAAUUUGCACACCAUUCCAAUAUUUAGAAGUUGUAAAUGACAAACUGUUUCAUCUGUACAGUUAAAAGGAUUCAACUUUAAGUAAAAAAGAAAAAAAAAAUCUAUUUAAUGCCAUAAUUCCUUUUAGCAUCCUACCAUUUAAUGUUUAUAUAUAUUUUUUAUGUUUUUUCACAGUAUGUUAUUUUGUAAUUCUGCUGAUCUGUGCUCUCUGGGUGCUCCUACCAAACUGGUAGGUUACGCUGUCUUUUGUUUUUGGACAAGAUGUUUAAUAUUAACUGUUGUACACCAGCAGAGACAACACUAUGGAUGCGAUAAUCUCUACGUGGUUACUAAAUAGCCUCAUGUAUGUAUGUAUUGUGAAAAAGCCUUCCAUUAAUUCAGUGAUAACAGUUUGUGAACCCCUGUCGAAAUGCCCUCAGCUGCAUCGAAGAUGUGGCCGGUCUCUCAUAUAAAGGCAACUCUAAUAAAUAAAUAUAUAUAUAUAUAUAUAUAUAGUUAAAUGCAAUAAAGAUAGUAAAUUUGUAGUUUUAUAUUAUAGUAUGUAACGAACAAUGACAUUAAAAUGUAAAUGUUCAGUUGAUAGUUUUUGUAGAAUUCAUGCCACAUCGAUCAUUGCAAUCAUUUUUAUUUUUUAUUUGAAACAGGGUCAGCAAACAGCAACGUCAUCGUUUUUUCUGUUGACUGGUGAAGUGGGUGUGAAACAUUAUUGAAGUUGUUAAAAUGCAUACGUUAAAUAAGAUUAGAGAAUCCAGCGGCUGUUUUGUUGAUUAACAGAGUUCCAAAACUUUUUUAGGGUGAAACCAUUAAUUAACGACAUUAUCUGCAACAUUUUUGCGUAAUUUUCUCACUGAAUCAAAGUUGCAAUAACCACUGAAACUGAGACACCAAAAUCCUUUCGUUGAGCCACAGAUUUCAGAUUCAGCCGAGAUAUCGUACAGCAAUACAGCUGUGUGUCGUCCUGGAUAUUAAAGGACUCCAAAUACGUAACUUCAAGAUGUGAGUCUGGGUUUAAAUUGUUUUUGGACUUAUGUAAACACUACGAACAGAAGCCUUAAGCAACACAAAUUGUAAUAGUUGGUUUGUAUCUUCCUUCGGAUGAAACCAAGGAGCUGUGUAACGAAUGAAUGAAUGUCACGAGUCUCAUUUUAAUGUUUUUUUAAGCUCACAAAGAACACUACAGUGCUACACGCAUAGCACGUCUCCCCUUUGACCUUUACGUCUUAUGUUCUCUUUUUUAAAGUAUAAUUCAUAACGCAUUUUGUAAAAUACAGUGUGUUGCAUUUAUUGAGAUUUUUUCAUGUAUUACGGCUGUUUUACUGUAUUCCUUGUCGUGCCAGGUUCAUGAGGCUCCGUUUCUUUUUAAUAUAUAUAUGUAUUCGAGCCUCUGUUCCACCAUUUGCCUCUUCAUUUUCCCUUAAAUUCACUUUUCUAUUUUUUUAAGAGUUGAUCAAAGUGACAUUCAGUAGUUUAGUAGACUGUGUCAGAGUCUUCUAUGUUAAUUUAUUUCUCUUUUGUUAACAUGUAUGCACUUUUAAUGUUUGUUUGUUUUUUUCUCUCCAAAAGGACAAAUGUGUAUAUACUAUGUUGGUUUACCCAUGCGAGUACAAAAUGAAAACUCUGAUUAAAAAUUUUGAAACUUA